AUGCAGCUCGCUCAGCUCAUUCUCGCUACCGGCCUCUUUUUCUCCUCAUCCUUUGCUGCUCCCGCCGACACUUCUGUCAAGUCCAUGAUGGUUGACAGCCCUCAGUGGACCAUCCAGAACGCCCAGCGUGUCUGCAACCCCCAAGACACCUCCUGCACCUGGACCUUCAGCAUCUACCCUGGCGCCGGUGCCGCCACUCCCUGCACCUACGUGGUUGAAGGCAGCCCUGCCUCCCGCGCCAACGGUGGCCCCGUCACCUGCGGCGCAUACACCGUCACUUCUGGCUGGAGCGGCCAGUUCGGUGCGGACAAUGGCUUCACCACUCUCUCUGUUGUCGACAACAACUCUCGCCAGAUCAUCUGGCCUGCUUAUACCGAUAAGCAGCUCGCUGGCGGUGCGGUUGUCAAGCCUGACCAGAGCUACGCCCCUGCUGCUCUCCCUUGA